AUGGCCUAUCCAACAGAUAAUCAACUGUUGGCUAGAAUAGAAGAAAUUCUAAAUGGGGCAGAUCUGUCCCAGGUUACAUCAAAAAAGGUCAGGUUGGAACUAGAAGCUCAUUUCAAUAUUGAUUUAUCCUCUGAAAAGCCCAAGUUAGAGACUAUGAUUCUGUCGACACUUGAGAAACUACAGUCUCUCAACACUCAAAGUAAGAAUGGUGGUAGACGGAGUAGUAGUCCUGAAAAAGAUGAAUCUACGGAUUCUGAUACAAGUUCCCAAAGUGAGAUUUUAGAACCUGUAAGAAAGAAGAAGAAGAAAAGAGCAUCAGAUGAUGAGGAUUAUGCCCGGAGUUUGCACGCGGAAGCUAAUGGUAUGAGAAGAAGGAAAAGCACUUCGAGUCCCAAAAAGAAAGCGGUCGCAAGUCGACAGGAUUCACGCGUCCUGUACGGUUAUCUGAUGAGUUGGCUGCGUAUAUUGGUGAGAAGGAGCUUCCUCGUUCAGAUCUAG